CUUGCUCACCACACUCAGCCAUGUCCACUCUCCUCCACUUCACUCCUCCCUCCACUCUCCUCAAACACCAGCCGCCCACCUCCGCCGCCCUCUCCUCCCUCCUCUCCCCUUCCCGGCCCGCCCUCCGCCCGGCUCUCCUCAGCCGCGCCGGCCCCAUCAGAGCCCACAAGGUGGUGAUCGAGCACGAGGGCCAGGCCACGGAGCUGGAGGUGGAGCCGGACGAGACCAUCCUGUCCAAGGCCAUCGAGUCGGGCCUGCCCGUCCCCCACGACUGCAAGCUCGGCGUGUGCAUGACCUGCCCGGCCCGGCUCGUCAGUGGGUCCGUCGACCAGAGCGAGGGCAUGCUCAGCGACGACGUCGUGGAGCGUGGCUACGCCCUCCUAUGCGUGUCGUACCCGACGUCGGAUUGCACGAUCAAGACUAUCCCCGAGGAGGAGCUCUUGUCUCUGCAGCUCGCAACUGCUAAUGACUAAAAAUGAAUUCUUUUUGUGCCUCAAAAGUGUUUCGUUCUCUUUUGACUGGACUAGGUGUUGGUUAAUUUUUAUGGCCAGAGAUCACGAAACUAUUACGAAACUAUCUUCUUGUUCUGAGAAUGUUCGCGGGCCAGCAUUCAUGGACUGCAUAGCUGUAGUGGUGGCUAAAGAGUGAUGUUGCGAUCUCGUUACUGAAUUGAUGUGCUGAUUCAAAAGCAGGCAUUCAAUGUCUAUUCAACAGUCCGUCGCAUCAUUUCGCAAA